CUUUCUCUAUCUCAUGUAUAUCAGAAUUAUACCAACUUUAUCUGUGUUAACUGUAUGAAAUAAGGAUUUCCUCAAGAGGCUGAGAAAAAGUGUCUUUGGUGGUGGCAGCAUACCAUAUCUCUUCUCCACAUCAUAAUGUCUAAGUCUGAAUAUGUUGUUGAGCUUCCUAUUUUAGACAUUUCUCAGCCAUUACAACCAUCUUCUCUAACCUCUCUCUCUAAAGCCUGCAAAGAUUGGGGAUUUUUCCACAUAAUCAAUCAUGGAAUCUCCAAAGAUCUUUGCAGCCAGAUUCAUUAUUUAUCUAAAUACCUCUUCAGCCUCCCUUCUGAGGCUAAACUUAAACUUGGUCCUUUCUCUUCUAUAAAGUCUUACACCCCUCACUUCAUUGCCUCUCCAUUCUUUGAGAGCCUCAGAAUCAAUGGACCAAACUUCUAUGUUUCUGCUAAGAGCUCUGAAGAAAUCCUCUUUGAGAAACAGAAUUCCAGAUUCAGUGAGACACUGCAAGAGUAUUGCAGUAAGAUGGCUGAUUUGUCAGAGAAAAUUCUGAAGGUUGUGUUGAUGAGCUUGGAGGAUGGAUUUGACAGCCUCUUCUAUGAUGCUGAAUUCAAUAAGUGUCAUGGUUACUUGAGGAUAAACAACUACUCUGCUCCAGAAAGUUUGGAGGAUGAAGUUGAGGGGCUUGGAAUGCACACCGACAUGAGUUGUAUAACAAUCUUGUACCAAGAUGAAAUUGGAGGGCUUCAAGUGAAGUCACAUGAAGGAAAGUGGAUAGACAUAAGCCCUUCUGAAGGGACACUAGUGGUGAACAUAGGAGACAUGAUGCAAGCGUGGAGCAAUGAUAAACUUAGAUCUUCUGAACAUAGAGUUGUUUUGAAGCAACCUUUGAACAGGUUUUCAUUGGCCUUCUUUUGGUGCUUUGAGGAUGAAAAGGUGGUGAUGGCACCAGAUGAAGUUGUUGGAGAAGGAAACAAGAGGAUGUAUAAUCCAUUUGAGUGCUUGGAAUACUUGAAAUUCAGAGAGAACAAUCAAAGAGGAAGAUUUGAAAAAGUUGGGUAUACAGUUAAGGAUUUUGCAGGAAUCAGGUCUCAACUGUGAGUAAAAAUGGUUAUAAAAGUUGAAAAUCAGUUAUCACAUUGCAAUCUGUGCUUGCUGUGACUUCCAAUUGGUAUAUAAAAUAAAUAGACAGAAAAACUUUGCUGGUCUUCAAAUAAUUUGUUCUGUUCUUUCGAUGGUUGUACAUAACAUUUAUUGAGCAAACAAUAAUAUUUGUUCACCAGCAAA